GGCGUGCUGACGUCGUGGUGCGUGCGCGCGUUCCGUCGGCCUUCCCUCUCUGCUCGGCUUCCUCUCGGGGCUCCGCGGCCUCCUCGUCGUCCUCCUCGUCCUCGCCCUCCCCUUGGGACCCUCGGGAGCCGAGAUGGCGAACGUGGCCGACACCAAGCUCUACGACAUCCUCGGGGUGCCGCCGGGGGCCUCCGACAACGAGCUCAAGAAGGCAUACCGAAAGCUUGCCAAGGAAUACCACCCGGAUAAGAACCCAAAUGCAGGUGACAAGUUCAAAGAAAUAAGCUUUGCCUAUGAAGUUCUCUCAAACCCUGAGAAACGUGAAUUGUAUGACCGAUAUGGAGAGCAAGGCCUCCGAGAAGGCAGUGGUGGAAGCGGAGGAAUGGACGAUAUUUUCUCCCACAUAUUUGGUGGAGGGCUGUUCAGUUUCAUGGGUAAUCAGAGUAGAAGUCGGAAUGGAAGGAGACGAGGAGAAGAUAUGAUGCAUCCACUUAAAGUUUCUUUAGAAGAUCUAUACAAUGGAAAGACAACCAAACUACAACUUAGCAAGAAUGUCCUUUGUAGCGCGUGUAAUGGCCAAGGGGGUAAAUCUGGAGCAGUUCAGAAGUGUGCCGCUUGCCGGGGGAGAGGUGUGCGCAUUAUGAUCAGACAGCUGGCUCCUGGGAUGGUGCAGCAGAUGCAGUCUGUCUGUUCUGACUGCAAUGGAGAAGGGGAAGUAAUUAAUGAAAAAGAUCGCUGUAAAAAAUGUGAAGGGAAGAAGGUUAUAAAAGAAGUAAAAAUCCUUGAAGUUCAUGUAGACAAAGGCAUGAAGCAUGGGCAGAGAAUCACCUUCACCGGAGAAGCCGAUCAAGCCCCAGGUGUGGAGCCAGGGGACAUUGUUCUCCUGCUUCAAGAAAAGGAGAAUGAGGUGUUCCAGAGAGAUGGAAAUGACUUGCACAUGACACACAAGAUUGGACUUGUUGAAGCCCUGUGUGGCUUUCAGUUCACAUUUAAGCACCUUGAUGGACGUCAGAUUGUGGUGAAAUAUCCCCCAGGAAAAGUCAUUGAACCAGGCAGUGUCCGUGUUGUACGAGCCGAAGGAAUGCCUCAAUACCGCAAUCCCUUUGAAAAGGGAGACCUUUAUAUAAAGUUUGAUGUGCAAUUUCCUGAAAAUAACUGGAUUAGCCCAGAAAAGCUUACAGAACUUGAAGACCUGCUUCCCGCCAGACCAGACGUCCCCAACAUCAUCAGCGAAGCGGAGGAGGUGGACCUGCAGGAGUUUGACUCCACACGCGGCUCGACCGGCGGCCAGCGGCGUGAGGCCUACAACGACAGCUCCGACGAGGAGAGCGGCCACCAUGGACCUGGGGUGCAAUGCGCCCAUCAGUAAAAGCCAGGUCUGGGGUCUGCCGGGGAGGGGGAAGUUACACAUGGAUUUUUCUCUUCAAAUUUCUGCCUGACUUGUUUUUGAGCAACAAUCCGGUUGGGCGGUACAAACGACCCACACACAUUUGAGCCCAAUGGACAUUCGUUGCUGUAUGUGUAACUUUUUAAAAAUUGGUCCUUAAGUAUAUACAGAGUGCAUAAUUUAAAACUAACACACACAAAAAAGGCUUACAUCUUCAUUUUUUUCUUUUGGACUGACUCUUCUGUAGCAGAAUAAAGGCACUUCAAAGAAAGGUGAGACUCUCCUUUUUCACCCGGGUUAAGUUUCAGUCCUUGUACUUGUGCUUGAUUUUUACCAGUUUUUUGUGUAGAUUUUAAGUUCUCUAUUUUAAAAUUCAAAAUUCUACAUUGUAAAAGUUUUGUGUAAAAACUUGUCCCAAGGCUUGGUAUUUGGCUGCACCUGCAUAAGCUGCUACAAAUAGAAAAUAAAGAAAUUUAAAUAGCCUGUAUCUAUCACUUUUAGAUGCAUGGUAAGUAAAUGGGCUUGGCACAAGAAUGGGAUAGAACUGAUGGGGAAACAUGAAACAUUAAAGGGGGAAAAACCUGGAAGUGGUUGUAAAAGUUUUUUACCAUCUUGUGAAAGGUUACGGAAACUCAAUAAAAACUGUUGGUGUAUAAUGAUA